AAAGAGAGAUCGGCCAAUCCCCACCGACGUGUCGCCUCCAAAAACACAUUAUACCACUCAUCGCUACACUCGACUUGACCUGACCUUCUCCACGGUCAUCGCUCGUCGUCUCUCCCUCUCCCUCUCUCUCUCUUUCUCUUUCUCUUCUUCAUUCUUUCUCGCCAUGUCGUCCAACGGCACUGCUCCCACUCCCACGCCCACCGAGGCCCCAUCGACGCCGCCGUCGACUCCAACUCCAUCUCCUCCUCCGUCUACCGAUCAGCCAUCGUCCGCUCCGCCGCCUCCGUCUUCGCAGCAACCCAGCAGCGCGCCCCCAGCUUCAACUCCAAAUGCACCUUCGUCGACCCCAGCACCUCCCUCCUCGUCGGCACCCGAGCCUGCUUCAUCCGCAGCACCUACGUCUGUCGUGACGGCACCCUCUCGAGAGCCUUCCACGCAGGUAUUGACCUCCAUCGUCACCCAAACACCUACGGCCCCCGGCGAGACACCCAUUCCCUCGGUCGUGUUCAUCACCUCUGUCAUAACUCCCCCAUCGACAGCCGACCCUACCGACACGGGUGCCAUUUCUUCUCCCUCCUCGUCCUCGACCUCCCCCGCAGGUCUUCAGAACCCCGAGAACAAGCAGGAAACCAGUGGCCUGAGCACGGGUGGAAAGACGGCCAUUGCAGUGGUUGUCCCGGUCGUCGUCGUUGCGGCCCUUGUCAUUGCCGGUCUGCUCCUGUGGAGGAGGCGCAAGUCGAAGAAGAACGCGGAGGAGGCCCGCAGGAAAGAGGUUGAGGAAUAUGGCUUCAACCCCAACAAUGACCCGACACUCCCAGCGGUCGGCAUGACUUCUGAGAUGGCCGAGGACCAGAGCGGCUACCGAGGAUGGGGAAACACCACCACAAGCUCCAACCGCAAAGCGUCGACAACCCUCACGAGCGGUAUGACCGGAUACUCGGACAGCAACAGCAACCCUGGUGGCUACCAGAGUCCCGGAUCACCCACCCAAGCCUACUCCGACAGCCAAUCCAACGACCACUUGAUGAACGGUCGCCGCGAGACUCUGGAUUCAGAAGGCAUCGGCGCUCUCGGUGCUGCUCCCACUGCCAACCAGAACCAGUCUGGUGUUCGUCGCGGACCUUCCAAUGCUUCAUCUUCCUACUCAAUGGCCAAUCGCUCAGACCACUCCGGCGACUAUCCUAUUCCCAUGAACAAUCCCCAGGACUACUACGACAACAACAACAAUUAUUAUCACGCGACCAGCCCAUACGCUGCCGACCCCUACGGUGCCAACCAGCAACCCAUAAUACGAGACGUGUCAGCACGACGGAAUACGAGGAUCGAAAACCCUUCAGUGUUCCCGCAGCAAGGAAACACUGGCAUCGCUCAAAACUUCUAGUCGCAUUUUAAUACUGUCACUUUCUCUUCCGUACAUUUUUUUUGUCUGUUUGUUUCGAACUCGUUCACUCAUAUAUCCUGAUGGCGUUCUGGGCGGUUCAAACUGGUUUCUUUCGCGGAUCUGCACAUUCGGGUA